UUUUAGUUUAGAUGAAUAUGGUGGAACAAGUUCACCACGGAUUAAAGACCUUCAUGAUGAGGGUGAACCUCCAGACGAAUAUAUCAACGGUGGGACAAAUCUAUCAGACGAAAUCAGAUGCGGGAAUCAAAGUCAUAUAUCAAAGGAACCUGACAACACACAAAUGCUUUCAGCUAAGGAUAUAAAAAAAAUCCAAGAUGUCGUGUUACAAAUAGAGGAUCAACAGCGCUGCUUGUCGAAAUCUGACCCUAAGGAACUUAACAAAGCCUUGAGGCGGGAAACUUAUCGCAUUAGCAAAAAACAGGGUUUGAAAAUACAACAAGUCGAUGGCCACAUCGUUCAACGUCGUGCCCUAGGUGAUAUCACGAAUGUUCGUCAACCUAAGCUUGUGACAUCAGAUGACUUCAAUGUCACAAAAGAUAAUGCUGCACUAACGGAAGAAGAACGCAAAAGAGAAAAAAGAACUUGCUCUUGA